GAAGCACUGGUGUAAUGGGUGUACUGGAGCCUCAAACGCAGGCAUGUCAGGCACCACAGAGAAAACUCCCAUCGCAAUGGCUGGACCUGACGACGUGGAACAGUUUUUGCCUCCUGCUUAUGCUGCGGUGACCGGGAAGCUCUCCGGCAGUAGCCGCCUUCUGAAGAUAGGAGCGGCGCUGCUGAUCACCGGAGCGAUCUUGCUGCUUUUCGGAGCUAUUGGUGCUUUUUACUUUUGGAAAGUUACCGAUAAACACGUGUACAAUGUUCACUACAGCAUGAGUGUUAAUGGAAAAGUCGAGGAGGGAUCCAUGGAAAUCGAUUCCGAGAAUAAUUUGGAGAGGUUCGUAACGGGAAGUGGGAACGACGAAGCAGUGGAAGUUCACGAUUUUCACAUUGGCAUCACUGGAAUUAGGUUCUCUGGUGGGGAGAAAUGUUACAUAAAGACCCAAGGUAAAGCACACCUCCCGCAGGUGGAAACGCUGAACAAGGACUCAUUGAUGUUCGAUCUGGAGGAUGAGAUCAUGCCAGUCAAGUUUGACGAAGACUCUCUGAUCUGGGUGGCUGCAGACCAGCCGCUUAAGGACAGCAGUUUCCUGAGCUCCAAAAUCUUGGACCUGUGUGGAGACCUUCCCAUUUUUUGGCUUCGUCCCACUUACACUAAAGACAUACAGAGGAAGAAACGGGACGUCAUGCGAGCGAAGCGUCAGACGCAGCGUAACAGGAGCCGCAGCAGGGGACGCCCCGAGAACGAGCAGGAGAGGGAGCAGCCGACCUUUAACCCAGAAAACCCUUAUCAUCGCAAUCUGGAGGGAGAGGAGGGUACCAUGACCUUCGACCCCAUGCUGGACCAUCUGGGAAUCUGUUGCAAUGAAUGCAGACGCAGCUACACUCACUGCCAGAGGAUCUGCGAGCCCCUGGGAGGCUACUCCCCAUGGCCCUAUGAGUACCAAGGCUGCCGCGUGGCUUGCAGGAUGAUCAUGCCCUGCUAUUGGUGGGCGGGCCGCAUCCUGGGUGUCGUGUGAUGCCCUCAUGCAGGCAUCGCAGUCCAUGCAGCCAGCACCAUCUUACCUGUAUUUUAAUACAAGGGUCUGCAUUUGUGCCUUCUCAGUGUAAACAAGAGGAGAGCUGUGUCUGUAAGGCCCAAUGCAAACACCCCAAGGGCCAGCAGCCUUCUUACCUUACAGGAACUUCCGUUGUUCAUCCCUUUCUUUUGACUGGGCCUGUAAACCAUAUUGGCGAAUACAUACUGUUUCUGCAAUGGCUGCUUAUAUGAGAACUGUAGAUUCCCACAUGUCCCUUUGAUCUAUUAAUAAAGCCCUGCUCUAUCCCUGACUGUCCUUCACACACCUAUUUUAUUGGUAUAUAUUGUAUUUCCAUUUCUACUGGAGAUGAUGUGCAGUAUGGACACUGUACUUCGGAUGGUAGUGUAGUAACUAUGCCUUAAAUCCCGAAAUAUGAUCGUGCUUAAGUCAUUUUUCUGGCCAUAGAGUGAUUUGUACCGAAGACCAAAUGACACCUACAUGCAGUACAGAAUAUACAGUAUAUACCAAUUUAGGGUUGAGUGCAUAAAUGUUUAUGCAUAUCACAAUCCCUGCCCUUUGCUUAUGUACAAAAGCAUAAUGCAUCGCAAAACUGACAAUGUAAAUUUGCAUUAUGUGCGACUUUCAACGCUCCAUGAAUGAUGCAUAAAUAUAGCUUAUGGCUGCACAGUUCAAUACAGGAACUGUACAAUUAAUCUGAGAGUUUCUUCUUGUCAUGACUUGACAUGUGGACAAUGCCAGCAGAACUUUUAACUGAUGUUGACAGCUCUGUCUGAUCGAUGGGAAAUGGCAUUAAACAUUUAAUGGUCAUAGAAGUUGAUUCUUUGUAGCAAACAUAUGUAUGCAUUUUAAGGGACAGCUCCUAUUCAAAGCAGAUUUGUAAUUUAAGAGUAAUUAUGAUUUCAUUUUAAAUGUACAAUGAAGUUGACAACUGCUAGAUUCAGAACUAAGUAUUUUUUAACAUAAAGUUAGAUAAUGAAAAAGUGCUUGGAUUUGUGACAAAUACUGUACAGGCAAAAGACGGGAUGUUUUCAUAUUUAUAAGCUUUUUAAAUUGCCAUUAGAAAAUCCAUGGAUGUACCUUCAGUGAGAGAAGAGCUCUGAAAUAUACAAGCCUGCUAACACGUGAGUUAAGGUGAAGAAGGAGCCCAGAAGUGACCUCAGAGCUUUCUGCUUCACACAGACGUCUGUGCUGCCGUACAGGCAAAUUAAGAUUUUCAUCAGAGGUCACCGUGAUCUUCUGCUAAAGGCUUCAGAAUUUCUUCUACUCUACAUCAUCUGUGGGUCUCACCUUCCCUUUGCCUUUUCCCACAUCCUUCCAGUAGGUGCUGGGGAUUGACCCACCAGACUGCAUCUGAAUGGGGCCAGACCACCAACUGGCUGAUACUGAUUGUUCAUGUGAAAACAUCAGUCGAGCCCAAAUGUGUUUGUAGGGAAAAUAAGGAAAUCAUUUAUUAUUAUUACCUUGCCGUCAACUCUACAUGUUUUUAUUCUCACUUCUAUAGAUUUCAAUAAACAAUUAAGCAGUUUGUCACAUAAAA